AUGAUCCUUGUCACCACAAGGAAUGAAAGCAUUGCAUUGGCCAUGCAUGCUAAAACUCAUCAUCUAAUGGAAUUACCAAAUGCUGAUUACUGGUCCCUUUUUAAAAAACAUGCAUUUCGUGAUGGUAGCGCCAAUGCAGAUCCAAAGAUAAAAGAAAUAGGGACACAGAUUGUGAAAAAGUGCAAAGGUCUACCUUUAGCAAUCAAAGCCAUUGGCGAUCUGUUGUGGUUAGAAUCAGAUGUUGAGAGAUGGACAAAAAUAUUGAAGAGCGAUUUAUGGGAUCUUUCACUGGAGGAGACAAACAUCCUUCCGGCUUUGAGAUUAAGUUAUAAAUUGCCAAGAGUUAUGAGGAAACUUAUUAAUUUACGUCAUCUUGAAAUUGAUGAUACUCAAGCUCUAAAGGAGAUGCCAACACAAAUGGGUAAACUAAAAUAUCUGCAGACAUUGACCAAAUUCAUCGUCAGUAAACACAAUGGGUCUUGCAUUGGAGAAUUGGGAAAACUAAUAAAUGUACGGGGAAAGCUUUCAAUUUGGGAGCUCCAAAAUGUUAGAUUAGCCGAGGAUGCUUUGGAUAUAGGCUUGAAGGAUAAUGAUCACCUCAAGGAGUUGGUGUUACAUGCACAAUGGAAUCCAACAAAUGAAUAUGGUAUUUGGGAAAGUCAAAGAGGUAUACUUGAAAAUCUGCAGCCCCAUAAAAGCUUAGAAAGGCUCACCAUUAACUACUACCACGGGAAAGGUUUUCCAGACUGGAUAGCAAGACUUCCUUCAUUGGCUAAUAUAUCAUAUAUGGAACUAAGAAAUUGUAAAUAUUGUGGUGCCUUGCCAAAGGGUAGCUACCUUACCUUAAUGAAUUGUACAUUAAUGGGUUCGAUGGAGUUGUUACUGUGGAUACGGAGUUUUAUGGAAAUAGUUCUUUAA